AUGGCCACAAAAGUAUCGAAUCGUUCAAAGACACCAUCUUCGCGUGUCCCAGUGCAUAUUUUGGACGAUUUAAGCUCCAAAUUCUUGAUUAAUUUACCGGAUGCUGAGAAGAACGACUUAAUUCGUCUUUUUUUCCAAAUAGAGCUAGCUCAUUGGUUCUUCUUGGACUUUUACUGUACUCAAGAGGAGAAUUCCAUAUAUUCAUGUGGCAUUAAACAGUUUGCAUUGUGCAUUUUUGAGCACAUCCCAUUUCUGAAUCAUCAUUCACAUAAUUUAAAUACAUUAUUGGACGAAUGGAGAUCAUAUAAAAUGUCAGUACCAACUUAUGGUGCAAUUCUAUUGACGGCUGACUUGAAAAAUUGCCUUUUGGUCCAAUCAUUCUUUGCUAAGAAUUCCUGGUCAUUUCCAAAAGGAAAAGUCAAUGAGAAUGAGGAUCCAUGUAAGUGUGCUGUCCGCGAAGUUUAUGAAGAAACUGGCUAUGAUUGUAGUCAAUUGAUAAGCGAGAUUGAUUUUAUUGAAGGACAAACUAGUAAUUAUCAAUAUACUCGACUUUAUGUCGUUAAGAAUGUCCCAAUUGAAACGAAAUUCUGUCCACGUACAAGAAAUGAAAUUAAAGAUUGUUCAUGGUUUACUGUGGACGAAUUACCAACGACAAGAUCCGAUGAUGGAUAUUUUAAGGAUCAAAGGAAAAUUCGUGCUAAUUCAUUUUACAUGAUCUUGCCAUUCAUCUCAAAAUUAAAGCAUUGGAUUGCAAAUGAACGAUUGACAAAAGUCAUUGGAAAUAAGGGAAAGAGAGAGCAGAAAGGCAAGCAUAGCAAUAAGAAAACUUCAUUAUUUGUCAAUAAGAUGCAUCAGAAGCAGCAACAGCAACUCAAUAAUCAUUCUCCAUAUUUUCCAAAUAACAAUAUUAAUAAUAUUAAUAAUAAUGCGGACUAUAAUCGUAAUUUGAAAGCAAGGCACAAGUCUGCGAGUGAUAUAUUGGACUCUAAUAGUCCCUCAACUAGUGGUACCUUUUAUAAUGAUAACUUAAAAUUACAAAAUAACACUUCGACACCAAUCAAUGGACAUCAGCAACAGCAACAACCUGAGCAAAUUAAACGAAGACUUUUCUCGGAAACUAAGGAAAACAUGAGACCUCAACGGAACGCAGUAAAGCCAUUUGCAUUUGACAUUCCAGAGAGCUGGAAAAAUUUUAAAUUUGAUCAUCAAAAGAUCUUCGAUUGCAUGUAA